AUGACAACGACGCCAAACCCGGCAGCAGCGGCCGCCGCCAAACUCUACCAGUCGGAGUACGACAACCCGUACGGGGCGGCCGGCUCCGUCCCGGACUGUUACAGUGGUGCGCUCACCAACACGGCGGCCGGUGCGGCCGGCCUGAUGACGUCACAGGCACCACGGGACAACUACCAGUACUUGCUGUCGGACUCGCUGCACUCGCUCAGCAUGCCUUACUCCUUCCACCAUCGGUUACCGUGCAGUUCCCCGUCGGCCGUACAACCGAUGGACCUCAACACGCACUCGGCGGCAUCGGCGGCGGCCGCAGCGGCUGCCGCGGCGUCCGCCGCCGCCUACAGCCAAUCGAUCAGCAUGACCGACCUGUCCCAGAUGACACCACCGAGUGCGGUGGCAGCGGCAGCGGCAGUCGCCGCCGCUGGGCUACCGCCCGUCCCACCGCGCCACCUACCCACCAGCAUCAUCACCAGCAGCGGUGCGAUCGCGGUCAAUCCCGGCGUCGUCGUUACCGCCACACUGAAAGCGAACAAUCUAAUGCCAGGUGUCGAUGCAUAUGAAACCGACUUUUUCCUUCUAAAGCGAUAUCUGCACCAAAUGGAGCUUUGA